GCAAUCGUAUUGCUGGAGAAUGUUGCCAGCAAAGCUACCGAGCGCGUGCUCGCAGCAGAACUCGGCAAGCUUUCCUAUGCUGCGCAGGGCCUCUUCAUUAACAGCUCAAGCUUUGGAGCAAACCAUGAGCAGGAGAUUGUGGAUAGCAUGGCCUCGGGCAUGACAUGGCCCAAGUGUUUUGGGAAGCAUCAAGAAGCAAAGAGAUUUCUCACAGACAAGCUCAACCGCACG